AUGCUUGAAGAGCCUAAGAGAGGCUAUCAGCAUGAUAAUGGAGAGUUACCGCCGGCUAAGGGUUUGGAAGAAAGGGAGGAAGAACCAGUAAUCUCAACAUCAGAUGCUGUAGAUCCGGUUAAGUAUUUUUCCUUGCUAGAACAAUCUGGUGUGGCUUAUCUCAGUGCAAUUAUCGUCUAUCUUUAUUUACACGAUUUCAAGCAAGCUCAGAAAUGCUAUGAUGAUUGCACACAGGUUUCAGCUUUCCUUAGUAGUGAUCAGAGCCGCUGCGCAAGCAAGCUGCUUUCUGCUUAUAGAGAAGGUGAUGUUGAAGAGAUCAAACGUAUAGCUCAAUCAAGCAUCAUUUCUCAUCUUGAUCAUGCGAUCAUUAGGCUUGCCAGAAAACUGCCGACAGGUGAUCUGAAAGGGAUAGAAAUAGACGAUGCUGAUGAGCAAGAAGCUUUGGAUGAGGAUAAUUUAGUUUAAAGAGAAUUAUAUUAUGAUGAACAAAAUGUAAAAUCUGAUUUUUUUUUUCUGAACCUGUUGAUUAUUGCAAAUAUAUUUCAAUGCUGCUAUUGCGGUUGCCCU